GUAGGUGGAAGUGUAUGCACCUAAAAGUUGGAUGCGAUCCGCCAACCCAGUCUCAAAGAAGAAGAAUAAGCAACGCUGAAGAAGAGCUCCGCAGAGUGCGCAGAGAAGGUAAGGUCACAGCUGAAUCAACUGUCAGAGGACUUUUGACCAGUGACCACCAACAGCCCAAGACGACGACGACAACAACAACAACACAUCAUUGAGACUGGCAAAGAGUGUCUGUCUGAGUGACAUGACCAAGCUGUCUGCAGAAAAGAUGGAGGACUCUGUAAAUGCGGAGAGUGUCACCAAUGGAGGAGGCCUGGUGAACGCAGAGAAAGAGCCAGAAGACACUCUCAGCCCCACAGACCUUUCUGAACUGCUGGCUGCCGGGACCAAAGAGGUUCACGAGAAGGCUGAGAACACCCAGUUUGUCAAGGACUUCCUCAGGGGGCGCAUCCGCAAAGAGCUCUUCAAGCUGGGCGAUGUGGCCCUCUACUACACCUACGAAGCCAUGGAGGAGGAGAUCGAGAGGAACAAGGAUCAUCCUGACUUCUCCCCGCUCUACUUCCCAGAGCUGAAUAGACGUGACGCCCUGGCCCGCGACCUGGACUACUUCUAUGGUGAGGACUGGCGGGAGCGGGUCAGCUGCUCGCCAGCCACGCAACGCUACGUGGAACGCAUCCACCAGGUGGGUCAGGAAGAGCCGGUCUUGCUGGUCGCCCAUGCCUACACUCGCUACAUGGGCGACCUGUCCGGGGGCCAGGUGCUGAAGAAGGUGGCCCAGCGGGCGCUGAAGCUGCCAGCGACGGGCGAGGGCGUCUACUUCUACCAGUUUGACGGCAUCCACAGCGCCAAGGCCUUCAAACAGCUGUACAGGAGCCGGAUGAAUGAGUUGGAGCUGGACAUGGCAACCAAGGACAGGCUGGUGGCGGAGGCCGUGCUGGCCUUUCAGUUCAACAUGGAGGUAUUUGAUGAGCUAGAGGAGAUGGGUAAGGAUAUCCAGGAGGAGGUCAUGGACGCGGGCAUGCCCGUUCACGGGGCCCAUGGGACCGGAGGAGACCUCAACAAAUGCCCCUACUACGCCGCACAAAUGGUGGCCGGUGGGGGCUCGGCGUACGUUGGUCAGCUGGCCAUGGCCGUCCUCAGACACCCCACAGGCCAGGUCCUAUUCGCCGCCUGGGUCGCCGCCCUCGCCGGAUUGGCUGCGUGGUACUUCAUGUGAUCCGACCCCACAGCCAAUCGUUGGCUGUCCUGCAGGAAAGAAGUAGGGAAGACAGGAAUAAUUGUUUUCUGAACGUUUGGAUGAGAACCCAUCCAUACCCAGACCUUGUAACCCCUCCUCCUCUCCUCUCAUUUUCCUCUCACUCUCCCUCCGUCCUGUAUCCUCCCAGUAUGGUUGGUCAUAUUUGUAGCUCUUAGUAUCAUAUUAGAGCCAUUUUUUUUAUUCAAUCCUGUUAUAGGAUUUAUUUCUUCUUGAGUUGACAUGAGGUGACAAUUGAUCUUACUUGAUUAGAUUAUAGUGUGAUUUGUUGUCAGGUUGAAGUCUCUUUUAUAAUCCCAAACAAUUGUAUUAUCGAGUGAUGCAGUAGAGUUAGAGUGAAAAAACAGCUACCCCGCUAUGACAAAAAAUGAUUUGUGGAUUUUGACACUUUUAGGUUGCCAUGGGGACUUGAAGGACUAUAUUCUGUUGUCCCCUGGGUGGCCCCACAAUCCGUCCAUCAAACCAAAAUGUAAUCUUGAAAAUAUUAGAGCGGUGAGCCUCAGUGCUUGAAGUGGACUGAAUUAGGUGCUGGUACUGAAGAAGUAGAACAUUUGAGGUGCUGGCACUCCGUACCGGUGAGCACCAGCCCAACUCAAACACUGCUGAGCUGUAUACAGUAAAAGUAACAAGUUCUAUGCAUAUGUUAAUAUGCAGACCUGGCAAAGUGCAGGAGUGUUUCUGCAGGGCAGACUACUAUGUCUUUGCGUGAGUAGGUUGAGAGGCAUCUUUUUAAGUUUGUGUUAAUGGUUAUGGGGGCGAUACUCUCUUGGAAGUAGUCCCAAGAUUCGGUUACGGACAACACAGGCUAACUGACAGCAAGAGCACACUUUAUAGAAAGGUCUAGACUUUAAAAUGUCUGCCAACGGUUGGCACACAUCACAAUGUAUUAUUUUUCUCUUCUCUCAAAAUGAAUGCAAGCAGAAAAUUCCAACCUCCUGUGAAAAGCACACAGACAGUGAGUGAGUGACAGGAUGGACACCUUUUAGCUCUCGUGUUUUAGGAUGGACGAGCAAUAUUACUAUUAAUAAUUUCUGAAGUGUAUUUUUUGACAUCGACGUUACAUUCCUUGAUUUGUUUGUAGUUUUAACAUUGAAGACAACAGUUUGUGUUGUAUUCUAUGCUUUCGCUUGAAGAUGAAGAGGUUAAAGGUCAGAAUGCUGAAUACCAAAGGUCAAGUUGCUGACAUCACAUGACGUUAUCUCGGUUCAAUAUUUAAACAGGUUCUAUGCUGUGUGUUUUCAGGUCUGUGGUUCUCUCCUAUCCAUCUCUGGUGUAUUUGGUAGUCAUUGAAUCCUUUGCAGGUGUUCGAUGACAUAUUAUGUGUUCAGUAGCCCUCCAUCUGAGGCGUUGAAGGCCUUUACCAGGUCGUGUUCAUUGGGUAUCAACAAAACAGAAUGAAACAGGGAUUAUCUGGAUUUGUCCAAUAAGAAAUGUUUGAUUUCCGUGGCUUAACUUUGUAAAACGUUUUGCCCUAAUGAACAUGACCCAGGUGUAGUUAUGGCUGUCCAGACCAGUCUAGAGCCUCAUUACACAGUCAUGUACCUGUUGGGUCUCAGGUUCUUAAUGGUUUAUGUUCAUGCAAUUAUAUACAUAAGAAAUACAAUACUUGUCUUAUUUGAGUUCAAUGUAAAUGCUAUUUUAUCUCUCAAUUUUAGUAUUUGUUUUCAGGGGAUGGAACUGUUGCAAUAUUUAGAGCAUUUUGGAGGAGUUCUGGAAUGACCAGACCUGGGUUGUGUUCAUUAGGCAUUCAACUGAAGAAAAUACAAAACAGGGAGGGACUAACUGGACUUGUCCAUUUAAAAACACUUUGUUGAACAACUUUCUGAAAUGUGUGUCCUAAUGAACACGACCCAUAAUCUCAGGUGUGAGUGUUGUUGGCGAUGGACUAACGGAAGUCUAGUGAUCUCAGUGAGCGCUUGACAGGCACACGUUGCGUGGCUCUUUCUUGCCUUGUCGGUUGUAACAGAAAGCAAACAGUAACCGUAUUAUCGAACCCAUUAGUCUUGUACAGUACACUGCAAACUCAAAUUAACCUUUAUCAGUGACUGAUGAUUUACUACAAAUGUCAAUGGCCUCAUUGUGAAAGAAGAAAAUCACAGGAAUACAUCGUAUUGUCUGUAGUAAAAUAAAUGAUUGAAUUUCCUGUA